CCCUCGCACUUUUUGGUUCUCUUUUCUCUCUCUCUCUCUCUCUCUCUCUCCGAGCGCACAUCAUCGCUCGAGAGCUCCAGAGGAGUCCAAAUUUUCACGCUCCCCCUCUUCUCCAAUCUUCGGUUUCGCCCAAAUCCCUAAUUCCCAUUCCGAGUGCGACGAAACUCCCCAGAGGAGCCCCCCCUUCGUUCCCCCGAUUCCCCCGUUUGAAUUUGUUACAGCAACAAACAGGGUAGCGACUUCUGGUACUGUUGUUGGAUUCCGGAAGCAUGCUUGAAUAAGUUGCUUUUUAAUUUAUUGGAUCAAGAAGCAUGAAUGCCAGAAGUUUGUUAUUCUAUUUCCUCUGAGCACACCAUAAAGCGGGCUACUUGCUUUGUAGUAAGUCUUGUCCAUUCUUACGCACUUGGAGAAAUUAUUGAACAUUCCGAUGGGCCUCAAGGAAGAACAGGCACAAUUAGAUGGCGGCAGAAACAAAGAAAUGAAUUUAGUCUCUUCAAUUAAUAGACAGAAUUCAAGUAUCUCUAGUUCUAGUACAGAUAAGGAUGCGGGUGUCUUGCUUUGUCGAGUCUGCCACUGUGUUGAAUCUGAUCAAAGGGGUGACGUUGCCUUAGGCUUCUUAGAUAUCACACUGCCAAUCCAAGAAUUACCAGAAAUCAAUGAUGUAAGGAAUUCAAGUGAUAAUAUUACCAGGAAAUUUUCUGAAGAGGAUGAAACCAAUUCCAAAAAAUGUGCGAGAGAUCCUCAAUUUGUCGAGUUUAUUAGCCCCGAAGGGGAAGUAUUUAUAUGUAGUGCCGAUAUAGAAUCUGGGUCUUAUUGCAACCAAGACUCACUGAUUGAUCUGGGCUGUUCAUGCAAAAAUGAUCUGUCACUUGCCCAUUAUGCAUGUGCAUUGAAGUGGUUCGUGAGCCAUGGGUCCACUAUAUGUGAGAUUUGUGGAAGUCUUGCUAAAAAUGUAAGGAUUGAAGAUGUCAAGAAGGUCGUAGCUUCAUUAAAGGACUAUGAUGCGUUAAGGGAAAGAACUGCUACAGGUGAAGUGACUCCCCUUCAUCUUGGGGCAAACAUAGGUGUUGACCCAGAUGCCCUGGCUGGAAUUAGGAGACAAAGGCUUAGUGAGAUUUCGUUGUGGUUCAACCCACAUAAUACUUCUGUAACAGUUAUACAGGAACCAAUGGAGCAGAUGCCCACCAGCCCAAAUAAUAAUGCAACUGAGAAUGUUGUUGAUACGGAUCAUUCAAGGACUAAAUGGGCUUUGGAAGGUACUGGAGUUUUAGUUGCUACAGGCCUCCUUACUGUGACCCUUGCUUGGUUAAUUGCUCCUCGUGUUGGUAAGAAAGCUGCUAAAAUUGGUGUUCAGAUGCUUCUUGGAGGUUUAUGUGCACUGACGGUUGUGAUCUUCCUUAGAUUUGUUGUGCCUAGAUUCAAGUACGGAGCAACGCGAUAUUGGGCGAUCCUGUUCGUGUUUUGGUUUCUUAUCUUUGGAAUUUGGGCUUCUCGGACGCACAAUGUUCGUUCCACGUGAUCUCACCUCUUCCAAUCUCACCUUAUCCUCUGAGGGGUUUGUUCAGUGUGAAAUGAACAAUCAACUUCUCGAGCUCUAUUUCAAGGUUAAUGCAACGGACCCUUACUUUCCCCUUUUUUCGUUAAAGUAUUUUUUGUGCUUAACUUCUAUUAUUAUCAGUACCAGUGUACAGCAAUGUCAUUUACUGAGUUGUUUCGGGAACAAGUAUGAACUAUUCAAGCAGUAGUCGGUGUGAAUUAUUCUUUAUCUCUUUUCUAGUUGUGAAAACCCUGCACAUCUACAUCGCCUUUUGUGUCUGAUUUGAGUUUGUUGUUAUCUUUUUCCUU